AUGGACGAGACUAUAGACGUGGGGAGUGAGAACAACUACUCGGGGCAAAGUAAUGGUUCUGUCAUUCGAUCAAACUCCCCAACAACAACAUCUCAGAUUAUGGCCAGAAAGAAAAGAAGAGGGAUUAUAGAGAAAAGGCGCCGUGAUCGUAUAAAUAACAGUUUAUCAGAGCUGAGGCGGCUUGUGCCAACUGCUUUUGAAAAACAAGGAUCUGCCAAAUUAGAAAAAGCGGAAAUACUGCAAAUGACAGUGGAUCAUCUGAAGAUGCUGCAGGCGACGGGAGGUAAAGGUUAUUUUGACGCUCAUUCCCUGGCCAUGGAUUUCAUGAGCAUUGGCUUCCGGGAGUGCUUGACAGAAGUCGCGAGGUACCUGACUUCGGUGGAAGGUCUCGACACGUCCGACCCCCUGCGCGUUAGACUCGUGUCUCACCUGAGCACCUGUGCCUCUCAGAGGGAAGCUGCCGCCAUGA